ACCUUGAGUGCGAUCGGUAGGCCAAGGACGAAGGGACGUAAAUGUAAAGGAAGCAGACAGCAGAAGGGUUCAUUACUGUGUUCUGCCAUGGCCUCUGUACCACAGUCAGACCACGAGAAACGCAAACAGAUUAGUAUUCGCGGAAUAGCACCCGUGGAGAAUGUUGUCGAAUUCAAGAAGGCAUUUAAUCGCCAUUUGCACUACACAAUCGUGAAAGAUAGAAAUGUGGCCACACCGCGCGACUAUUACCUCUCGCUGGCACACACUGUCAGAGAUUAUUUGGUGGGACGUUGGAUCCGCACCCAGCAGCAUUACUAUGAGAAGGACCCUAAGAGGGUGUACUACCUGUCCCUGGAGUUUUACAUGGGAAGAACCCUAUCUAACACCAUGGUGAACCUAGGCAUUCAAAGUGCCUGUGAUGAGGCCCUGUAUCAGAUUGGCCUUGACAUUGAGGAGUUGGAAGAGAUAGAAGAGGAUGCUGGUCUAGGAAAUGGUGGACUUGGCCGUUUGGCAGCAUGUUUUUUGGACUCCAUGGCUACACUGGGUCUGGCAGCAUAUGGUUAUGGUAUCAGAUAUGACUACGGAAUUUUUGCCCAGAGAAUUGAAAAUGGUUGGCAGGUGGAGGAACCUGAUGAGUGGCUAAGAUAUGGAAAUCCCUGGGAGAAGGCCAGGCCUGAGUAUGUACUACCAAUCAAUUUCUAUGGUCGUACAGAAACCACUGAUUCCGGGGUCAAGUGGGUGGACACACAGGUAGUGUUUGCUAUGCCCUACGACACCCCUAUACCUGGCUACGGCAACAAUACUGUCAAUACCAUGCGCCUGUGGUCAGCAAAGGCCCCUAACAGCUUUAAUCUUCAUUUCUUUAACAAUGGGGAAUACAUCAAUGCUGUGUGUGAUAGAAAUCAGGCAGAAAAUAUCUCCAAAGUUCUCUACCCUAAUGACAAUUUCUUUGUGGGAAAAGAGCUUCGAUUGAAGCAGGAAUACUUCCUUGUGGCAGCCACUCUACAGGACAUUAUACGCCGCUACAAGUCUUCCAAGUUUGGCAGCCGUGAUCCUGUGCGCAGGACAUUUGAGUCCUUCCCAGAUAAGGAGAAUGACACAAAUCAUUGUCUGUUGGGAUUUGCUGAGAAGGUGGCCAUUCAGCUGAAUGAUACCCAUCCCUCUAUGGCUAUCCCUGAGCUAAUGAGGAUCUUUGUGGAUAUUGAGGGUUUGCCGUGGGACAAGGCCUGGAAUAUCACUGUCAAAACCUUUGCCUACACAAACCACACUGUCCUCCCUGAAGCCCUGGAGAGGUGGCCAGUGGCCAUGUUAGAGCAGCUUCUCCCUAGACAUCUACAGAUUAUGUACUACAUCAACUAUAACUUCCUACAGGAAGUUGCAAAAAAAUACCCAGGAGACGACGGAAAAUUGCGACGCAUGUCGAUUGUAGAGGAGGAUGGAGAGAAGAAGAUUAACAUGGCGUAUCUAAGCAUCAUCGGCUCACAUGCUGUCAAUGGAGUUGCUGCUUUACACUCAGAAAUCAUCAAAAAUGAUACGUUCAAGGAAUUUUAUGAGAUGUUCCCAGACCGUUUCCAGAACAAGACAAAUGGGAUCACUCCCCGUCGCUGGCUGUUGCUGUGUAAUCCAGGAUUGUCGGACAUCAUUGCCGAGAAAAUCGGAGAGGAAUGGGUUACUGAUCUGUACAAACUGCAGAAUCUCAAGAAAUUUGCAGAGGAUGAAAAUUUCCUUAGAAACAUCAUCAAAGUCAAACAGGAGAACAAGAUGAAGUUGGCUGAGUACAUCCUGGAAAACCACAAUGUCAAGGUCAACACAUCCUCCAUCUUUGACAUCCAGGUCAAGAGAAUCCAUGAGUACAAGCGACAGCUGCUGAACUGCUUCCACAUCAUUACACUGUACAACCGCCUUAAGAGGGACCCCAACCAACCUUUCGUCCCAAGGACUAUCAUGAUCGGAGGAAAGGCAGCUCCUGGAUAUCAUGUUGCAAAACUCAUCAUCAAGCUGAUCAAUAGUGUUGCCAGGGUGGUCAACAAUGACCCAAUCAUUGGGGAUCGUCUCAAAGUAGUUUUCUUGGAGAACUACCGUGUCUCCUUAGCUGAGAAGAUCAUACCAGCUGCUGACCUGAGCGAGCAGAUCUCAACCGCAGGAACAGAGGCUUCUGGGACAGGAAACAUGAAGUUCAUGUUGAAUGGAGCUCUGACAAUUGGUACACUGGAUGGUGCUAAUGUUGAAAUGAGGGAGGAAAUGGGGGAUGAAAAUAUUUUCAUUUUUGGAAUGAAAGUGGAAGAAGUAGAGGAAUUAAAGAGAAGUGGGUACCAUCCCCAGGACUACUAUGAAGGAAACAAAGACCUGAAGCAGGUGCUUGAUCAGAUCAAGGGAGGGUUCUUCUCCCCCGAAGAACCAGGAUUGUUCAAUGAUAUUUAUAACUCCCUAGUAUACAAUGACAGAUUCUGUCUUCUGAAGGAUUAUGAAGAUUACAUUAGGUGCCAGGACAGAGUUAGUGAAGUGUUCAAGAAUCCUCUACAAUGGGCAAAGAUGUGUGUCCUUAACAUUGCCUCCUCAGGAAAAUUUUCCAGCGACAGAACAAUCUCCGAGUAUGCACGAGACAUAUGGGGAGUAGAGCCUAACGAUAUAAAAUUACCUCCCCCUCACGAGGGCCUCGACUCAAUGGACAGCAAACCGCAACAGAAGUGAGAUCUCAUGUGAUAAAACAAACUGGAUCGAGUACACUCAUCUGGAUUGAGUACACUCAACUGGAUUGAGUACACUCAUAUCUUGUUGCUUUGUUGUAGACUGUAUGUACACUUGUCAUAUAAAUUAUACUGAGAUUAGUAAGAUUAGCAAUAUUAAUGGGAGGUCAUUAGACCAUUUCUAGGAAUUAUAUUAUAAUGUAGUGAUGGUGUAAAAUCCAUUGGAUGGAGUACCUUUUUGAGCUUUGAUAAAUGUAACACUAGGUUUGAUGCAGUGAUAUUUAAUGUAUAGGAGUUAUAAAAUUAUUGUUGUGUCAUAGAAUUUGUUAGGAAGAGCAUUAAUCUAAUGAUGUUUAAAUUUUCAAGAUAAUGGAGAUUUGAAAGUGAAAGCCCUGCAGUCUUUUUUACUUUUUUUUUAAGUAGAAACAAAAUGAAGAUUUAUCAUUUAUCAAUCUGGCCUGUUUUGUGUCUGCAGUGUUUUUUGCAUUGUCUCACUUUUAUGAAUCAGUCAAGAGAGUUUUUCCACAGCUUUCCACAAAUGAUGAUUAACUGAAGUAUAUGUUUGAAAUGUUCCAAUUUAGAACCAUUAUUGAACAUGACAGUAUGCAUUUUACAUGUAUUUCAAAAUACACUAGUCAGUAACUGCAUAGGUAUUAUGUUAUUUAUGAGAAUUAUUUGGAAUUUAAUUAUAUUAAAAAUCAACAUUCUUCUAAUACGACAGAACAUCUUCAAUCUGCAAGAUGAUAAAGAUUUGUUCUUGAUUUCUUUUUUUUUAAGAUUUAAGUAAAUUUAAUGCUUAGUUUAGGAUGGAAUAAAUAAUAUACUAGUAGAAACAAAAUGAGGGAAAGAUUCAGAUGUAUAGCUGAACAUUGGUAUAUCUAACACCAAUAUCUAUGUCAAAGUGAACUGGAAGUCCCAAGCACUUUUUCUUUAAGUAUUUUACCCUCAAUAUCGAGAACCUUUGGAUAUUUCGAAGUUUUUUCUUAAUCCCAAAAAUGAGAUUUAGAUAAUGAGGUUUGACUGCAUUUAAUUUUACAACUCUCAAACUCUGCUCUUUUUUUUGUAGUUUAAAAUAAGAUUUUGUUCCAAUGUAAUUGUAAACUGAUAAAUAUACAGCAGCUUCCGUAAAAAUGUGUCACUGAAUAUUUUCGAAUGUAUGUAGUUUAUUAUUAUUUUUUCAUGGUGCUAAGCAUUCCUCUUCUUCGCAAAUCCAUGCCAUUCUUAAUGUUCCCCAAAAUGCAGGGGAAAAUGUGUUUAUUAAUUAUCUUACAGUUAGCCGUGUUUCUUUAUAAAGCUGAAAUAUACAUGUAUCUAUUCAAUUAACUUUCUCUAAAACUUGAACAAAGAAAGUGUGCACACUAAUUCACUUGUUUCCUUAAUUUGCAACUUGUUAUAAUUCCCAUUGUUUGUCUGUCUGUGUUUCACACUUGUUUUUUGUUUUCUGAAACUCAAAAUCAAAUGCUUUAAUCUUAAGUUGAAUUUCAUUUUUUAUUGGUACUUUGUGAAUUUUUUCUUCUCUGUUGUUUUUUUUUAAACUCCUUUAUAUAGCUCCUGUUUUUGAAAAACCAGCUGGUACUUGAGUGUUGUAGAACUAUUGAUGUCUAAGAUACAAUUCUUGAAGCAUAUUUUUUUUUCUUUUUGAAGAGUAUGAAUUAUAUAUAAAAUUAAUCUGUAAAUUUUUUCUUGAAAGAAUCCAGAAAAGGAGAGAUAAGAUAUACAGAAUUUUCUUUUAACAUUUUAUAUAUUUUUGUUAUUUUUUGCUUUUUAGGACUGUUUUACAACGAUGCAUAUUAUCAUUCACUAUUAAAAUUUAUAGAACUAUCA